AUGGGCGCGCUGCAGUCUCGGCGUGUGGAGCCGCGGGCGCGGCGAGGGGAGGGCGCCGACCCCCGUUCCCUGCCCGCCUCCUCCGGGCGCGCUGCAGCAGCCAGCGCGCGCAGGGAGAGCCCCGAAGGGGGCAGCUUCGCAGUGUCCCCGCAAGCGAGCGGCCGCAGGGGCGCGGAGGAGGCGGAGCGGCGCGCGCGGGACCAGCAGGAGCUGCUCCAUGGGGACCCCGAGGAGGGGCCUCCCUGGGAGAACCGGAGUCCACUGGAGGUGGCACAGACUGCUGAGAAGACCGAGGGCGUGGCCCCACUGCCCGGCGUGGAGGACAGAGGCGGCCCGGUGGCUGGGGAGGGCCUGGGCAGAAGGCGCCUGAGUGUCCGAGUGCUGCGGUGUGAUGUCUCGGUGGAGGGUGGCAGCCGACAGGAGUGGACGUUCACGCUGUACGACCUGGACAGCAGCGGGAAGCUCACCCGGGAGGACGUGUCCAGCCUGAUGCACACCGUCUGCGAGGUGGUCAACGCCUCUAUCAGCCACUCCCCAGGCAGCAGCAAGACGCUGCGUGUGACGCUGACCGUCAGCCCCAAGCCCUCUGGCGAGGACGGGCCUCCCAGCGGCCAGGACGCAGAGCCCGGUGGCUGCGGCACAGAAGCGGAGCUGGCCCAGGACCCCGGGGUGGCCGACCGGAAGCCGUCUGCACAGGGCAGGAGGCCCGAUGCCCAGGCCUGGGCCUGCCCCGUGCGGGGGCUCUGCUGUGUGGACGAGAACACGGAGCGGAGGAACCACUACCUAGACCUCGCGGGGACAGACAACUACGCGUCUAGAUUCGGCCCCGGGUCCCCGCCGACGCAGGCCAGGCACGUGCCCAGCAGGUCCCGCUCACAGGACUCGGAUGCCCACGAUGGCCACGCCGCCCACGCCUGCGGAGCCUGGGCGCCAGACGUGCAGUCCCGGCCGAAGGGGCUGGAGAAGCCGCCUCUCAAGUCUCCCAAGGGCUCACGGUGGCCGCCCGAGACCCCCGGCAGCUGCAGGCCUGGGAAAGGCCUUGGCCACCACCUGCCAGCCCCGGCCCCGCAGGACGGCCACAGGCGGUACCGGCAGAGGGGCAGGGAGGGCCACUCACCACGCAAGGCCACGCACGGCCACCCGGCCACCGUGGAGCUGCCCCCUGCGCUGGCAGGUGAGGGCCACACGGUGCCCGUGGUCCAGCGGCACGAGCACCACCACCACCACCACCACUUCCACCACCACCACUUCCACCCGCCCUAG